AGGCUGUCUCCCGUGGCGUGAGGAACAUGGUGAAGCUGAUUCGCACACUGGCAGAUCACGCUGAUGACGUCAGCUGCUGUGCCUUCUCCUCGUCCCUCUUGGCUACCUGCUCCCUGGACAAGACCAUCCGCCUGUACUCCCUGAGUGACUUCUCGGAACUGCCGCACUCCCCGUUGAGGUUUCACACCUACGCCGUCCACUGCUGCUGCUUCUCUCCCUCAGGACACAUUUUGGCAUCAUGUUCAACCGACGGUACCACAGUGCUUUGGAGUGCGCACAGCGGACAGUCCCUGACGGUGAUGGAGCAGCCGGGGGGCAGCCCCGUGCGGGUUUGCUGCUUCUCCCCGGACUCGGCUUACCUGGCCUCAGGGGCCGCUGAUGGAUCUGUUGUCUUGUGGAAUGCACAGUCAUACAAAUUAUAUAGGUGUGGUGGUGUCAAGGAUGGCUCCUUGGUGGCCUGUGCAUUCUCUCCUGAUGGAAGCCUCCUUGUCACUGGCUCCUCUGGUGGAGAUUUAACAGCGUGGGAUAAUCGAAUGAGGUGUCUGCACAAUGAGAAAGCACACGACCUGGGGAUUACCUGCUGUGACUUUUCCCCACGGCCCCUCACUGGUGGAGAACAAGGCCUUCAGUUUUACCGAUUGGCAUCAUGUGGUCAGGAUUGUGAAAUCAAACUCUGGGUUGUUUCUUUUACCCCUGUCUUAGGCUUUGAAUUAAAAUAUAAAAGUACACUACGUGGGCACUGUGCCCCUGUUCUGACUUGUGCUUUUUCCUACGAUGGACAGAUGCUUGUGUCAGGGUCAGUGGAUAAAUCUGUCAUCAUAUAUGAUAUCGGCACCCAGAGUGUGCUGUACACGUUGACGCAGCAUACCAGGUAUGUCACAACUUGUGCCUUUGCACCCAACACCCUGUUACUUGCUACUGGCUCCAUGGACAAGACUCUGAACGUUUGGGAGUUUGACCUGGAAACACCUUGCCAAGCAGGAAGCACGAGAGAUCAGCAGAAGCCACUGAUUGAGGACUGGUCAGAGGAGGAAGUCUCAACAUGGCUCCGUGCUCAAGGCUUGGAAGAGCUCGUCAGCAUUUUCCAGAUGAACAACAUUGACGGAAAAGAACUGUUGCAUCUCACAAAGGAAAGUCUGGCUGGCGAUUUGAAAAUUGAGUCUCUAGGGCUACGCAGCAAAGUGCUGAGGAGUAUCGAGGAGCUCAGGACCAGGAUGGACUCCCUUUCUUCUGGAAUCCCUGAUGAGUUUGUCUGUCCCAUAACUAGAGAGCUUAUGAAGGACCCCGUCAUAGCAUCAGAUGGCUAUUCCUAUGAGAGAGAAGCCAUGGAAAGCUGGAUCCACAAAAAGAAACGCACGAGCCCCAUGACGAACCUGGUUCUUCCUUCACUGGUACUGACACCAAACAGGACUCUGAAAAUGGCCAUUAAUCGUUGGCUGGAGACACAUCAGAAAUGAAUCGGUCAUAGGGUAUCGGAUACGUCUCCAGGGACGUCAUUCAGCGCUAACCAGGCAUUACAAAAGCACAUAGAAGGAAAAGACAUGUGAAAUUCAGUUACUUUUAAAAUGUAAAUCACCCUUAAAGCACAGGAUUAUAUGUCUAAUGUCAUUGCUGUUUCUAUACAAGUGAAAAUAUUUUGGCACUAAUGGGAAAAUGGGUAGAAAUAAAACUUUGCAAUGCCUAACUGUGUUAUUAGGUGUAGGCCACAUCCUGGAGGAGUCUAGAUUCUAUGGUUGUUUCCAUCUUGGAUAACAGCCAUUCCAUAGUUUUCAGAGAGUGUUAGAAUAGAAUUUUCACAAUAUAAUUGUAAAUUGUUUAAUAAAUUGGGAAAAAAUUA